AUCGGUUGGUGCGGAGAUGAAAGAUGUUUUUUCGCUUUUUGUAUGCAGAAAAAGAAAAACCACAGACAAAAGGGAUUUCUGUCAAUUGGGGACUACGAUUUUCAUUUUUUGAAUUUUUUCAUAUAACAAUAACAUACAGUUAAAUGUCAACACAACUUGGCAUUGCUAAUCGCCUUUUCGGUAAAAAUAUACGUCGCUAUACGACGAAAUCUUUAUUGACCCCUGGUCAACGUCUGCAUGGUUAUCAAGUUCAACAAGUUAGAAAAGUACCAGAACUUGAGUUAACAGCUAUCAGCUUGAAGCAUGAAGCGACAGGUGCGCAACAUUUACAUAUUGAUAGAGAGGAUACCAACAAUGUAUUUGCAGUUGGGUUUCACACACCUGUGAGCAAUGAUACUGGUGUUCCGCAUGUUUUAGAACACACAACUUUAUGUGGAAGUGAAAAGUACCCAGUUCGAGACCCUUUUUUCAAAAUGUUGAAUAGAAGUUUGGCUACCUUUAUGAACGCAUUUACAGCGAGCGAUUACACCCUCUACCCCUUUGCAACAACAAACAGAGCUGACUAUAACAAUUUGAGGGAUGUGUAUUUGGAUGCUGUAUUACAUCCAAAGCUAGAUAGAUUAGAUUUCAAGCAAGAAGGGUGGAGGUUAGAACAUGAGAUACCUACAGAUACGAAAUCGCCCAUCCAAUUCAAAGGCGUUGUUUAUAAUGAAAUGAAGGGCCAAACAUCGGAUUCCAACUAUUUAUAUUACAGUCGUAUGCAACAGGCCAUGUUUUCAGGCACAACCUACGAGUUUGCUAGUGGAGGCGACCCUCCGUUUAUUACAGACUUGACACACCAACAGCUACUUGAUUUCCAUAAACAAUACUAUCAUCCCAGCAAUGCACGAUUCUUCACCUAUGGCGAUUUUUCGUUGGAAGAUCAUUUAACUGCUAUCAAUGAUAAAUUGAGUGGAUACAAAGCAUCCACGGUGCCUUUUGUCAAUAAAGAUGUGACACCUUGGAAAGAACCGAGAACUGUUGAAACAACCUGUGCAUUGGAUCCAAUGAGCCCACCAGACAAGCAAACCAAGCUGUCUAUAUCUUACCUCGCCAACGACACAGCAGACACAUUUGAAUCCUUCUCUAUGCGUUUGUUAUCAUACCUAUUGUUAGAUGGACAUGCUUCGCCAAUGUACAAAGCAUUGAUUGAUACAAAUUUGGGAUCAGAAUUCUCUGUAAAUACAGGUUAUGACGGUUCAACAAAAACAAGCUCGAUGGCAAUUGGUUUACAAGGAGUGAAAGAAACAGAUGUUGAUAAAGUCAAAUCAACGAUUCAAUCUGUUCUUGAAAGGGUUAGAGAAGAAGGUUUUGAUCCUAAACGUAUCGAAGCAGCGAUUCAUCAAAUGGAGCUUGGACAAAAGCAUAAAACGGCUGAUUUUGGCUUGACAAUCAUGCACGGUAUCUCUUCUGGGUGGUUCAAUGGAGUCGAUCCUAUUGACUUGUUAGAAAUCAAUAAGAAUAUCGAUAGACUGAAAAGCGAGCUGAGCAAAGGCAAAUUCUUUGAGAACUUGAUCGACAAAUAUCUUCUCAACAACAAGCACACACUUACCUUUAUUAUGCGUCCCGACGAUAAGUAUGCCAAUAACGUUCUUACUGAAGAACAAGAAAGAUUAGCAAAGAAAGUAAGCGCACUUACAGAGGAAGACCGAAAGCAAAUCGAAGUGGAUGGAAAAGAAUUAUUGGCGUCUCAAGAAGGCACUGAAGACCUAUCUUGUCUUCCUUCAUUACAAUUGAGCGAUAUUGCAACCAAGGCAAAGCAUACUAUUUUAGAGCAUACUGGUAUUUGCAACACCCCUGUACAAUGGAGAACAACAUCCACCAAUGGCCUUACGUACUUCCGAGCCAUCAGCACUUUACCUUCGCUUCCUGACGAUUUAAAGAUGUAUUUACCGUUGUUUUGUGAUGCAUUGUUUUCUUUGGGUACUCGUCAACAAUCCAUGGCUGAAAUUGAUGAAGAGAUUCGUCUUUAUACUGGCGGAUUGCGAGCUUCAACGACUUUGACAACGAAUCAUUCUGAUAUCGAUCAUAUCGAAGAAGGCAUUGCGCUCACCGGUAACUGUUUGGAUCGUAAUAUCGAGAGAAUGUAUGAUAUUUUAGCCAAAUUGGUGCAUGAAACGAAUUUUGACGAUCUUGAAAAGCUAAAGACACUGAUUAAUGGCAAUGCAUCGUCUAUGGUGAAUUCGAUUGCUGAUUCUGGACAUGUUUUUGCUAGAACUUUUGCUGGCUCAAGUCUAACACCAGGCAUGUAUAACGCAGAAUUGAUGGGUGGUAUGACCCAAGUGGAUUUCAUGAGUCGGUUAGCUGCCAAAGAAGACCUUUCCGAAGUAGUAGAUAAAUUGAAACAAAUUGCUUCUGUUGUGCUAUCACAACCUUCAUUACGUGUUGCCAUUACUUCCGCAGAAGAUGCAGUAGAUAGUAAUACAAAAAGUCUUCUCAAAUUCAUUCAGGGAUUACCAUCGGAAAGCAAGAAUGUAUCCACCAAUUCGUUAUCCUCCUACACUCCUCAAUUCAAAAAAACGUUUUUCCCUCUGCCUUUCCAAGUCAAUUUCUCAGCUCAAGUCUUCCGCGGCGUUCCUUAUACUCAUCCAGAUGGUGCCAGUCUUCAAGUGCUCUCCUCUUUGAUGACCAACCAUUAUCUUCAUAGAGAGAUCAGAGAAAAGAACGGUGCUUAUGGAGGCGGUGCCCGUUAUGCAGGCUUAAACGGACUCUUCUCCUUCUACUCUUAUAGAGAUCCUCGCAAAUUGGAAACUUUAGAUACGUUCAAGAACUCCAUUGAUUGGGUACAGCAACGUAAAUUUACGGACCAAGAAAUGGUCGAAUCAAAACUCUCCAUCUUCCAGAGCGUUGAUGCUCCACAAAGUGUGUCAGAGGAAGGAAUGCUUCAAUUCGUACACGGUAUUUCAGACGAAAUGAGACAGAUGCGACGAGAAGAAUUACUAAAGGUGACGCAGGACGACAUUAAACGUGUUGCUCAUGAAUAUUUGAGCGAACCCGUGAAAGAAAACAGAUCUUCGACUGCACUGUUGGGUGAACAAACGGAUAGCAUCACUCCAGAGAAAGGAUGGUCUAUCAAUAAGUGGGGAGAUGUUCUUACUGCUUAACUCUCAUUUCUGUAUUCAUCUUCUGUAUCAUUCUUUUCUUUAGUCAAUUGCUACUACUAUUUAUAACUAUUUAUAGAUAAAAAAUAGAUAAGAUAACAAUGGCAGCCCCCUUUUUAGUGCGACACGUUUUAUUUAUUUUCUGCUUUGUCUAAUUCUUUGUCAACUCAAUGUCUAGUUUAUCAUUGAAAAAGUGUGAUGUUUACUUGCUUUUUUUGUUGCAAGUAGAAGACAACACCUUUUUUUGGGUUUGUGUAAAAAGCGUGACAAAUUACUGAGCAACCCAAGCUGAACGGAAAGUUCGGAAUGGCGGUAAUGCAACUUUUAUUUGCAGCCAAUUCCAAUGA